AUGCCGCUGAGUGCGCGCCACAUCGAGAUGAUGCCACCGGGCUUGACUCAAGCUGUGACGCGCCGACAACUCGGAUUUACCGACUUCAUUGCGUCCUUCACCAGAGUUUACAAUAGAAUUCGAACUGCUGGUCGUGCGACGAUAUACGAGCAAGUCCUAGACGAACGUAUGGCUGAAGACGCAUUGAAGUUGAAGGAACUCGGCAAUGGUCACUUCAAAGCGGGUCGGUUCAAGAAAGCUGCUCAAUCCUAUACAGCUGCGGAAAGACUCGACCCAAACGAUCCGACAUACGCUUCUAAUCUCAGCGCCGCUCUGUACGAACUUGGCCAAUAUGAAGCAUGCGUGUCUUGCAUAAUUCAAGUUCUCCGACUGCUCACGAAGACCCAGGUGGAGGAGAGGAACGACACGCUCAUCAAGCGCCUUUGUGCGCGUUUGUCUAGGUCUCUACGUUAUGGAUUUCGGUCGGGGCGCAUUCCGCAUCAGACCACUUCCAACGAAAGCUCAGCUAUUGAAGUUAGUUUGAAGGAUCUAGAGGAGAUUGGUAGUGAAGCUGGAAAUGUGGAUAUAGCGAUGGCGUGUAAAGAAUGGGAGCUGGCCAGAGCUGACGCAGCGAAGACGGUUGAAGGAUCCCACGAUGCACAAGAAAGGCUUAUUCGCCUACCUCGAUUCAAACUAGCUGCUGAUUCAGCUUUGGAAUACUACACUUUCUCUCACGAUGAUCCUAUGUCUAUCAUUGACUAUUACGCUCAUGAUCAUCCUGCGUCUCCGACCCCAUUGAGACUCGAGUCUCUCUCCGAGGAGCGUCUAUCAAAGUUAGCUUUCCUUUUAGGAGGGGUAGGCGAUGCUCGACAUGUCUUCGGAUCUGUCAUUGGUCUCAACCAAGCCUAUGUCAGGUUGCCAAAGGCUAAACAAGCGAGCUUGAAAGCGCACUUCACCCUUCUCGAUAUAAAAUCGACCGCGCUCGCCCGUGAUCUGUGCAUCCUGAUACUGUUGAACGACUUGAUCUCGGACGACUGCGAGGCUCAGGACAGGUUGGAGAUCAAAGCAACGAUCUUCUACAUCUACACCGGGGUAAUAGUGCCACAGUACUGCUAUGCCAGGCUCAUGGCCACCGUCACACGUCUUCGACAAAACUUAUCCAUCAUACCUCCAUCCCUACCUCCCUGGAUCUAUGUGAGCUCCGAGUCCAUUCCGGCCAUCCUUCUCUCCCUCGACCAUUGGCUUGCCUGUUCUCCUACGAAGGAUAUCGACUUCAUGCUCCACCAACAUGAUGCCGACAUGGGCAGUUACGAGGCCUCCAUGGCCCGCCUACGCUCCCAAGAUCAAUCACCUAUCUAUCAAGGACGGUUGCAUCGAAUUCGUCAGUCAGUACGGGUGAUGCUCGACUCUCAAACCGACGAAGAUAUAUUGGGGAUGGAAAGCUUGAUGCUCCAGGAAGAAGGGGUCGAGAAAGUUUAUUCCGCAGUUCCCAAUGAGCCGUCGAAGAGGGCUAGGUUUAUCAGGGAGGCAAAGGGGCGUCUCGUGGACCAUCUGAAGUAUCAAGAAAAUUCCUACCUAGACUCGUUACCGCUGAUGCAGGAGAAGCUGUUCUAUAAGGAAUCGAGGGCAUUCGUGCCGCCACCUGAUCUCUGGGAACAGCACGAAACGUUCGUUAACUUAUGGAAAGCUUAUCGGGAACUGAAACCCAGGAUGCCUGGAUACAAGGCAAGGAGAUCUGUCCUCGAAGCACUGAAGACCAAGGCUCACGCAGAAACCAAGAAGACAUGGAGACCGAACCCAUCUUUAUUUGAUAUCUUUCACGAGUCCUAUCUUGGAUAUCCGGGAUUGAGCAGCAGUGGCUUUCUCUCCAUACAAUCAAUUGAGACAUUCAAUGUGCGUUCUAGCUUGCAACGAGGCUUUGGCCACAACAUCGUCCCCGACUCCCCGUCCUACUCCAUCGUCUGGAACUUCUUCGGGGCCUUCCUUGCCGCCGUCAGAAAGCUCGGUCACUCACUACAGAUCGAAAUCAUCUGUGGCGAGCUCAACCAGGAGAUGUUGAGGAUGCGGACUGUCGGGUACCAAGACCGACCGACCCACUUCCCUAGAUCUUACACCAGAGCUUGGUUGAGUAACGUUCCGGAUUAUACCCACGGCCCACUGAGCACAGCCAUGUAUAUCGUCCCUGCCCUCGAAGCCGAGCCCAUAUCCUCUGCUGGAGCCAAUUGUUACCUCAAUACGCCGACAUGGAAGGAUGGCGAAGAAUUUUGCCAUAACUACACUCUCUUGAGGACGUAUGACGUUCCACGCUAUCUUGGAUGCCGCGUCCUCCAGAUGGCGCCAAAUGGAGGCAUUAUCAACCUUUCGCCUAUGCCGCUCCCCAGGGACCUCCACGACCUUGCGUCCCGUCCCGAGCUAACAACUUGGUUGAUGCGCAUGCUUCUCUGCAUUCUUAUCCCAGGAACUAUGGACGACCCCAAGGGCACCGCUUCCGUACGGUGUCCCAACAAUCUCGUUGCGUUCAUCGAACUCUUGAUUCACCUACACUUUGUCGGUUUCCCGAGCCACUGGCUGUCCGAUCUCCUCCAAGAAGUUCUCAACAAUAAGGUUGAAACAGAUGUAGCUCCCUAUCUUGGGACGCUUCCUAUACCUGUCACGGAGGCGACCAGGCGUGUGGCGAGGAGGAAGAUAUAUUUAUCGCCUUGGCUUGUGGAGUUCGAAACCAUACUCGCGAUGUCCUACGAGGCGAUCCCGUUCCCUCUUUCCACCCCAGAAGACUUCUCGAUGACGUUCUCGGACAUCGGCCUGUUCGAGACGACCAUCAAGUCGGAGAGCUUCAAUCCUAUGACAAGUCUACCGCGCUGGAAUCCGUAUACGCCGGUAAUCUCUCUCAUGUUCUUCGAACCUGGAGAAUAUGACCGUCCUGCGCAGCUCAUCUCAAGGAUGGCGGAUCUACUGGAAGGGAAGAUCGAUACGACGAAACGAAAGUUGCAUAUUUUGACGGUCGUGGAAAAGUUCAGUAUCAAAGACGGUGUAGUGAGGUGGAGGAUGAGCAAGGAGAGAAUAGGCAGGAUGAGGAUAGAGGGCUGGGUUAUGAUUUCGUAUCGAUCUGAUGCCAGAGAAUUCGUUUCACAGCCUGAUAGUGCACAGAAUUGGAAGGAGGUUGACGAGUCCCUCAGAUAA